AUGGAUAUGCAGGGUAAUAAAGCUGUUUUUGUCAUCUUGGAGUGUCGCAUUGGCAUUUCAAAAGCCAUUAUGACGAAUAACAGGGUAUCUGAAGCAAAGACAUUUUUAGAUGAAGCUUUCAUUUUAGCCAAAAAAUUGCCUGCGAGUUUGGAAAAAAAUAUUUAUGUUGAAGAUAUGGGAAAAUUCUAUGAAAGUCGUGUUCAAGAUAUGGAAAAAUUCUGCGAAAAUCUUGGUUACAUCCGUCGUGCUCGAGAAUGCUUUGAUGAGGCCUUAAGAACGUACAGACAGCUUUCAAUCGUCGUCAAGAAACCUCCGUUCAGGGAGGUUUUAAUAGAGCUGAAGCUUGGAAAAUUAGCAAAGGACGUUUGUGCUAUUGUCUCAGUCGACCCUGAAAUUGCGAUGCAGGCUCAGCGAAGUCAUUAUGAUCGCGCGGCUGAAGCAGUACGGCAACAUGUAGCAACCGGACAAGUUGACUCGUCAACUGUUGAAAUGUUUUUAAAAGUGGCUGUAGAGUACCUGUCAGUGGACUCAAGUGAAAUGAUAAGACUUUUGUUGGAAACUUUAUGUGUUAGCGAAAUAGUAUACGGAAAAAAUAAAUCAAAUGAGGCGGGCAUCAAGACACUUGAAGACAUACUUUUGCACACCAACCUCACGAAAGGCGAUUUGCAACCCUUGAACUCAAAAGAGCUUCUAAUAUGCAAGGACAUGGAACUGCAUUUAUCAAACUCAUUUUAUGAAAAUAUAUCCGCGAAUUUGAUUAUGUUGGCCUUUGGUUCCAUUCAAUAUCCCGUCGGUAUUAAUACUAUCGAAUGUGCUUACAAAUUCCUUUUAUCUGCUCCGAAGGACAAGGCUUCAACAGACAGUACCGCAAAAGCAGUCGCUGCCGUACGUUUUACUUGUCUAGGCAUAUUAUUCCAUAAUUCAGGUGACUUGGAAAAAGCCGAGACGUCAAUCAGGUUGGCAAGUCAGUUAUUUAGCGAAAUUCCAGAAAGUGUUGAAAGAGAAAAACUACCGUUCAAAACAACUUGCGACACCAUGAAAGAAAUAUUAUCAUCGAAGACGUUUUCACCAUCAGAUAAAUAUUCUUUAAUGAACGAAGUUUGUGAUAACUGA